AUGUCUGGCGAGUUUAGGCAGAAGAUGGGAGCCAAGUAUAUAAACUUUGCCUGGAAAGGGGUGAAUUAUGUCCUGACCCAGUGUGAGAGUGAUAAAGGGACAAGACCCAGGUUGGCUUCCUGCAAGAGCUUGGAGUUUCCAGAAACACCGAAACUGCCUCCCCUUGGGCGAUCCCAGCGCCUCGGGGGCAAUAGCUCUGACGCAGUUCAGACUUCACUCCAAACCACAGAAGCGCAAACAACCUUUCUUCUCAGCCGGGCCUUUGAAGCGCUCUACUCGGCCGGGAAACACUUCGGAGCCAAACAGAAGCGGACUCCGACAGCGGCCGGCAGGGGACGGCAGACCCCAGCCUGUUCAGCCGCGGGGGCUGCCGCCCGCGCCCCCAGGUGGGGGUCCCCCGGUCCACCAAACCUGUCGCAGGUUUUCUGCUCAGAGGCUCCACCAGCCCAGCUCAUUCCCUUCUCAGGCUGCAGGCUCGGGCUGCAAGGGAGAGGAUUCCAAGGCGGGGAUGGGAGCUGGUGCGGGCGCCUGGCCAAUUGCUGUGGACGAUUUAUGCCUCUGAUAGGAAAACUGGAGAUGCUGGCCAAGUCGGCAGCUGCCUGCAUUCCGGCAAAGUCACGGGGCGGCGGCGGCGGCCUCGCGGCCAGUGCCCGCGCGGCGGGAGCGGGACCCGCCCCGGGGAAGGAUGCGCGGAGCCAAGGUAGGGGACCCCUCCGCCUCCAAGCUGGGCUCGGGUCUGCCGGCGCGUGGCCCGCCCUCCCGGGGGUGGAGAUGGGGAGCGGGUCAGGUCCCCUCGGCCCAGCAGCUGGCUCAGCGUCGGAACACAACGGGGUGGCUGGGUUGACCAUCUGUAUGGAAGGGGAGAAACGGAAUUUUCAGUGA